AUGAGCCAUAGCUGGUUCUUAUGUCCCGGCAUGGAAGCACUCAAGUCAGCGAUCAAACAACUUCCUGAAAAGGGAGAGUUCACUUCUGAAGCAGACGCACUGGCUUUUGCCGUUCACGCCUGUCUCGAGAAAGAUGGGUUUCGCUUCGUGGCUGCUGAAGAAUCGAGAGCUGCAGCCAUCAAGGCUGCCCCUUCGACCCCCGUCCCCUUCCCAAGCGACUGGAACGGCUGCCAGGAUGCGUUCUCCUUCUUCUACCGUCAUGCCUCGUCCCUCGCGUUAUUCACCGUGAAAUGUGUGACGAUGGAGGACCUCCUGCUUGUCCAUGCAGCUUCAGACAAUGUCCAGGACGUGUUCUUUCUGGAGCUCAGAAUCUCCGACUUCGUUCAGACUCUGCAUUCUCAGAGACUUAUUUCUGACUACGAAAAGAUUUAUACCGAUCUUGAAGCUCUUCUCCGAGCUGUUCGCAUCAACAUCACUUACAAGCUAUUACCGUCCCUCGUUCCAAAGAAACCGUCCAGCUCACAACAUGGCUGUGCUAUGCAAGCAGAAGAAGUUCCGAGGAGCGGAUCGUUUCCUUGGAGGCCAGAGCAUGUCGGACAUCCAGGAGGACUCGGAGGGAACCUUGCUCAGGUGUCAUGCCAGGCAUGGGAGCCGAGGGAAAUCUCUUUGGGCCUCGGCAUCCGGCAUUCGGAGGCGUCGGGCCCUUGGGAGGCGGUGGAAGUCUUGCAGGCAGGACAGUGCGAGGGCAGUCAGGGAGAUAACCUCGGAGCUCGCGUGGAUCCCUUUGGCCCUCCCGGCGUUUUUCCCAACCCGAAUGGUCCUGCGUUUGGAUGGACAAGGCGAGAGAUUCCAGACGACAUCUUCCAGCCGCCAGGUGGCGACGAUAUGUUCAUGUGA